CAGAAUACUACCCGUUUAUACAGCUCAUCGACAUUCCAACGUUGCAUUAAUUAAAAAUGAAAACUGAUUGAAAUAUUAGGACACCGUAAACGCGCAAAUAGAAACCAUGGAAUGCUUAAGAUUGUUGGAUAGCUUAGAUAUGGUGGGCUACGCUGGCAUUUGUAUAGGAACAGAAAAUUCACAGAUAUUGCAAAAUUCCCUCCUAGUAUUGCAACAAGAAAAUCACUUUAAAAAGUGUUAUUAUUGGGGGAAAAUCUACGGAGUUCGAAGCGAUUACCAUAUCGCGUAUGGUUUCGAGAGAGACUGCAUGAAUGGCCAAAUUUAUUAUUAUAGAUCGUACAAAUCGCUAAAUAAGUGUAUUUGUUUUACGAUCAGCAUGGAUGGUUUGAAUUGGUUGUUAUUACCGAAGACGAAUAAAUGUGCACGAUUCUUAACGCCCCUCGCAAUUAAUAAAUUCGAAGGUGAUCCAUCGAUAGUUACCAACGUUUACAAUAUAAAUCGCCCGUUUCCGUCAAACGAGGACACUAAAAAAUAUUACGAUGGUCCUAUACCAAAGGAAUUGAAAGAGGAAGACAGACUAGCAGCAGUGGUAGAGUUAAUCAGAGAAGACGCUGCAGUAAUUCCACGAGGAGCUUGGUUUAAAUGUCCUAACGGUGACGUAAUUGAAAAUUUAGGUUUCGAAGGGCUUCCUGACGUUGAUGCUUCUUACUUAAAGUCCUAUUUACAUGCGCGUCCGCCUCAGCAAAAGUGGAAUACUAAUUUGCUAACCAGGCCUGACUAUAAUUAUUCGAUAGACUUUUUGGAUACAAUUGAUCUAGAUGUGCCACAAGGAUGCUGGAGUCUGCAAUUUGUACGAGGCGAUGCAACAGUGAUCUUGCAUAGCCUAUAUUGGCCCGGUUUGACUUUUUAUCACAAAUUAAAUAAUUCCGAUUAUGGUUUUCUUUAUUUUGGGCAUGGAAAAAAAAAUAUGGACGUGGUUUUCAUGAUAUAGUAAAUAUAUAAUGAAUUCGUAACUUGUAAAUAGGUCUUGCGUCUCGUGUAGCGUAACAACGUGACAAGCUAUUCGAUUAAUCUGUAAUCGAAUCGAUAGAUUCCUUAUUGUUUUCUAUGGCAACCAAACAUUUGUCGCGACGUUAAAUUUCAUUGUCUCUACGUAUAUUUUAUCAUCCAUAUCGUAGAUUAAAAUAUGUUAUUUUCUUAAUUUGGCAAGUAACUAUAGGCCUAACAAUGGUUCAAGUUAAGAAGAUGAAAGUUAUUAAAAAUUGUAUGUAUUUCGAA